ACGAGCACGGACGCUUCUGAGAUUCAUCUCCAGCUUCAUCAUGAAUUACCUGCGCAGGCGUCUGUCAGACAGUAGCUUUGUAGCCAAUCUGCCCAAUGGCUACAUGAUGGACAUGCAGAGAUCGUCCAGUUCCACCAGCUCGCCGGCCUCACCAGCCACAGAGCGCCGGCAGUCGCCCGCCCAACAGAACCAACCAGCUCAACCGCCCCAGCAGAACCAGCAGGCCCCGCCCCCGACCGCGGCGUCUGCAGGAGGGUUCCUCAGCUCGUUCUCCAGCGUGGUGAAAACGGCUCAGCUCGCCAGCGCAGUUCAUGCUAAAGCGUCUGCGGCGGCUGCUGCAUCAGCCGCUCCGGCUAAACCCGCCGUACACAAACCCAAAGUCCUGCUGGUCAUUGACGAUCCUCAUACAGACUGGUCCAAGUACUUCAGAGGAAGGAAGCUGAAUGGAGAAUAUGAGAUCCGGGUGGAGCAGGCAGAGUUUUCUGAGAUCAAUCUUGCAUCAUAUGUGAAUUCUGGCUGUACGGUGGACAUGCUGGUGAAUAGAGGAGGAACUAAAGUCGCCAGGUAA